AUGGAGCACAUGUUACUGCUACUCAUGCUAUUCAUACCUAUCUUGGGUCUUGCUAAUGGAACAGAAACAGAACAAGAUUUUACUUGGCACUUAAAGAAAGUACCCCAGAUUGUGAGUGAAAGAACUUUCUCACUUGACAGCCCUACAUUUAAAGCAAAACCCAAACUAGAGCUGAACAGUGUCUGUGGAAUUGAGUGUCAAAGAAAACUGCCAGUGCCGAGCUUGUCUGACUUGAAGGACAUCCUGUCCUAUGAGACCAUUUUUGAAAACGGCACACGGACCCUGACGGAAGUGAAUGUCCUUGGGCUAAUGCUUGAUCCAGCGGAAAACACAACUGCACGAACGUCUCUGAGGAGGAAGAGGCAGAUCUAUGGAACGGACAGUAGGUUCAGCAUCUAUGACAAGAGGUUUAUGACCAACUUCCCAUUCAACACCGCUGUGAAGGUCUCCACUGGCUGCAGCGGCAUCCUCAUUUCCCCCAGGCACGUGCUCACAGCUGCUCAUUGCCUACAUGACGGCAAGGAUUACGUUAAAGGCAGCAAAAGACUGAGGGUGGGAUUGAUGAAGAGCAAAUCCAGAGGGAACGGCAGGAAACGCAAAGGUGCUAAAAGAAGCAGGCGCGAAGCUUCUGAGCCCCUGGAUGAUCCUGAAGUUGCCCCUGAGCCAAGACGGCGCUCCAGGGGUGGUGGCAGAAAGCAGAGGAGAUCAGGGAGGAAGCAGGACACGCCAGACGGCGUGCCCGCCUUCCAGUGGACCAGGGUGAAGAGUACCCACAUCCCAAGGGGCUGGUUUAAGGGAGUGUCUGGGGAUAUUGCCCUGGAUUAUGAUUAUGCUGUUCUUGAGCUCAAGCGUCCCCACAAAAGGAAAUACAUGGAGCUGGGAAUCAGCCCCGCCAUUAAAAUGAUGCCUGGGAGCAUGAUCCACUUCUCGGGUUUUGACAACGAUCGUGCUGGGCAGCUGGUCUAUCGGUUUUGUAGCAUUUCUGAUGAGUCCAAUGAUCUCUUUUAUCAGUAUUGCGACGCUGAGCCCGGCUCCACUGGAUCCGGGGUCUAUCUCCGUCUUAAGGAGCCCGACAAAAAGAAGUGGAAGCGCAAGAUCAUUGCUGUUUAUUCGGGCCAUCAAUGGGUGGAUGUCAAUGGUGAACAGCAGGAUUAUAACGUAGCCGUAAGAAUUACGCCUCUCAAAUAUGCCCAGAUUUGCUUCUGGAUACAUGGGAACGAUGAGAAUUGCACACGAGGCUGAAGAGAGCUGAGACCAACUCCCUGAGCACCCGUAUGACAAUAUGG